UCAUGUUGGCUCGAGGAUUGGGGCUCAAGUGUUUAUCUUGUUUCGUGCAUUUGCCUGGCGAGCGGUCGCACGAUUCUCGGGCACCAUGGCCGCCCUGUCCGAGGUGCAGCUGAUGCUCCUGGAAAUGAUUCAAGGUGCGGCAGAGCCUCUGGACAAGUUCAAGCUUCUGAAAAACCAAGCGAUCAAACGUUUGAUUGGAGAUUCGCCGGCAGCAGUGAAGAGCGAAUUGCAGGCUCUGUGUCGACAGGGGUAUCUAAUGGCUUCUCCCAGAAGCCGGGCUCAGAGCGAUAUGUUUAUAACAUCACCGAUUCAGGUACUCGCCAAGUUUUGCUUCAUGCUGGACGCUCUGGCGGGACAGAGGGCCCAGAUAGGAACAAUAGGAACAGUCAGGUAAUAUUUCCAAACGGAUUUGGUGGAACCAAUCAGGCCACAGGAUCUCGACCAGUAACUCCAGCAGUUCUGGAGCGCAAGGCGAGCAUCAGGUCAGCUCAAGGCGCACUGGACCCACAAAGCUUUGCACUCAGUGAUCCGUGUUUGAAAUCCUCGGCACAGUCCUCUCCGAGAGAUGUUGAAACACAGCAGCCGAGUGUCACCGUGGCAGGCUCUACAAGAAGAGUGACCAUGCCACGUGCAGCAGUUACUGGCGGGGUAGAGCAGCUGACACAGGCGUGGACAUCUCCUUUGCCCUGUUUGGACAGGGAUGGACUAGUGAAGCAUUUCAGACGCAUUGCACACGAUGCUGAAGCAUUGACCAGUUACGCGCAAAGCAUCGGACAGCGUCAGCUGCAACUCAAAAAUGCGGCAGCCCAGGAUUUGCUGCGCAUGGUCGUCCCUCGUGCCAGACAGAUAUGGGGACCGCAUGUUCAACUGACGUUGCAUGGAUCGCGCGCUAAAAAUACGUUCAUCGACGAUUCUGAUUUUGACUACCACAUUGAAGGUACGGACAAUCCGAUCACGUUGGACGACAUGUACAAGUUUGGGAGUUUGUGCCGCGAAGUUCCCAACGUGGUUGUUGUCUCAAAGAUCACGAUCGCGUUGGUGUUGCAUUUCAACGUGCCUCAGUUAGAAGACCGUACAUUGCAGGUCGAGUUUGUACCAGAGCGCGCUGAUUACAUCCACGAUAGCAGCGAACAUGAACCCUUUAUCGAAGCGGCGAGCACCUACUUCGUGGAACACCCAUGCGCUUGCUAUGUUGUGCGGCUUCUGAAAUCACUUUUCCAACGCACUCAACCCAAGCUUAAAGGAUGUGCUUUGGAGCAGAUGGUAGAACAAAUGCACUCGAACGUAUCGAGGAGGCACCCUUGUGCUUGGCGUGAUGCGGGUCUCCCCCGAUGCACGAGGGAUCUGUUUUCUCUAUGCUUGAAGCAGAUCGAAGACCAACCUGAAUGUCACGCCAUGGCGGCAUUGGCUUCCGAAGUGUUCACGCAUGGUCUUCCUCAGGUCUCGAUUCAUGCGGAGAUAGCCUUCAGUGAAGUGCAGCGAAAUCAUGAGAUCGUUUUGAGUGAAGUCCGGCGCAAUCCUGAGCUUCAUUUCCGAGAGGUCUCUCCAUUUCGGUGGCACACCAUGGGAGAUUGGUAUACCCUCUUACUUCAAUUCGCAAGAGCCGACAAGAAGGCAUGGGAGGCUCCAAUGCGUUGCCACCGAACUCCAUUGAGGUGUAGCCCUGAGCGUGCGUUGCGAGCAUUGUCCCCGUUGGGGAGGCCCCAGCUUGGGACAUGUGGAGCCAGAUCUGUGGCGAGGAGGCCCCAGCUUGGCUCACGUGGGGCCAGACCUGUCCUUGGUGCGAGCUACGCAGCCGCAUGA